AUGCUUCUGGUGGGACUCCAACUCACGGCCACAGCCGGCAGUGCCGUUUGUCCUACGAAAAAGUUUACAGCUGACCGCACCGUGUUUCAUGAGGGACGCGCUCUGGGGUAUGGAGCAAAGGGGCGGCUCCUGGUGGCCAGCUCGGACUUUCUCAUGGACCGGACACUCGCUCAGAGGAUCCAAUAUCUGAAUAAGAUCGAAGAAGAAUGGGAGGAGGGCGUCAAAUGGGCGGACCAAGUCAUUCGAGAGCUUCGGGACGGAUUUGAACCCUCGAAAUGGGAGGACGUAGUUUGGACGAACGACUGGGAGAAUCGCUGGAACGUCUUUGUUAAAAACAAGGCUUUCAGUGGACACAAGGAGCGCGUUGUGUGGAGCAAGCACGAAUGGCGUUUUUUCGUCGAGAGGUGCCAAGGACGCUCGUUAGUGACUGGACAAGUUCUUGAAGGAAGAGCCUGCCAUGUCGACAGGGUUUUCAACUCUGACAGCUAUUCAGUCAAGAACUGCCUCACGAUCGAACAAGGUCUCAAUUUUGCAAAGCGCGACAUGCUGGAGUUCCAGACCUCCAACAGCUUCAGUGGUCGGUGCAAACUUCAGUAUGGAGUUCAAAAAUUGCGCAAUGCUAAGAAGCGGGCUGUUAGCAAUCUCAGAUUCAGUUUCAUUGCGCCUGAUGUCUUGAAGUAA